ACCGUUCACAGCCCCUGAAUCCGAUGGCUAGACCUACCUGACCUCCCAAGGUAAACAAAAUCGCGAAAUGGCCACCUGCUGAGUCCGGUCCUUAUCAGGGUCACCGUACCCCGCCGCCGGGCAUUGGAUUCCCUUCCCGCCGACGGAAGCUUGGAACUGCCCCGCCAAAAUUCACCUUUCCGCGUCCGCGAAUUCCACUAUCUCCGCGCCCAAUUCACUUUACUACACCACGCUAGUAUCGAAUUCGACAAAGCAACAUGGCCGACAGCGCUGCUACCACUCCCGCACCCCCCGCCGAACAGCAGCCUCCCGCCGCUGCUCCCGCUGCCGCCCCCGCUGCCGAAGGCGCUGAGGGCGAGGGCGAGGGUCCAUCCAAGAAGGCGCAAAAGAAGGCUGAGGCCAAGGCCAAGAAGGAGGCCGAGAAGGCUCGCCGCGCUGCUGAGCGUGAGGCCGCUGCUAAGGCUGCCGGCAAAACCACCGGGCCGACCGAGGAUCUCGCCAAGGACAACUAUGGUGUCGUCAAGGAGAGGAAGGGACAAUUCGAGCUGUCGGCUGAUGUCGAGGAUGUCAACUUGAAGAACAUUGGUGAGGAGCACGUCGGCAAGGCUGUCAUUGUGAGGGCCUGGGUCCAGAAUGCCAGAAUCCAAGGCGCGAAGAUGGCAUUCGUCGAGCUGCGCGAAGAGGGCGCCUGGACCAUCCAGGGUGUUUUUGUCGCCAGCAACGAAGGCACGCCUGUGAGCAAGCCCAUGGUCAAGUUCGCGGCCGGUAUCAACCCCGAGAGUUUCGUCGUCGUCGAAGGUACCGUCCAGAAGCCCCUCGAGCCCGUCAAGAGCUGCAAGGUUUCCAACUACGAGCUGCACAUCCGCAAGAUCUUCGUUCUCGCCGCUGCCCCCCAGAUGCUCGGCAUGACUCUGGCUGCCGCCAACCGUCCCAUCACCAACUUCAGCGACGAGGAGCCCGCCCCGGAAAAGGCUGCCGAGGAUGGUGUCGAUAAGCUUUCCAUCGCCGCCGAGUCCUCCAUCCCCGCCGCCACCAUGCUCACCCAUCUCGACAACAUUAUCAUGCACAAGCGCGCCCCUGUUCAGCAGGCUAUUGCCGAUAUCCGUAUGGAAGUCAAGGAUUUGUUCAGAUCCUACCUCAAGAGCCACGGCUUCAAGGAGUUUGAGCCUCCCUGCUUGAUCGGUGCUGCCUCUGAGGGUGGUGCCAACGUUUUCCGCAUGCCCUACUUCGACAAGGAGGCUUUCCUCGCCCAGUCUCCUCAGUUCUACAAGCAGUUUGAGAUUGCUGGCGGCAGGAAGCGCGUAUUCAGCAUUGGUCCCGUAUUCAGAGCCGAGAACUCCAACACCCCAAGACACAUGACUGAGUUCACUGGUCUCGAUUUGGAAAUGGAGAUCAAGAAAGACUACAGAGAGGUUCUCCUCAUGCUCGAGGGCGUCCUGCUUCACAUCUUCCGCGGCAUUAAGGAACGCUGCGCGGCCGAGAUCGAGCUCGUUCGCUCCGUUUAUCCCGCGGAGGAAUUCCUUCUCCCCGAGCCUGGCAAGGAGGUCAGGUUGACCUUUGCUGAGGGUCAGAAGCUUCUGCGCGAGGAGGGUCCCGAGGAGUUCCGUAACGUGACCGACGAUGAAGACAUGAGCACCCCUCAGGAGAAGGCCCUUGGCGCCAUUGUCCGCAAGAAGUUCAACACGGACUUUUACGUGCUCGACAAGUUUCCCGAGGGUGCGAGACCCUUUUACGCCAAGCUCGACGAUGCCAACCCCAAGGUCACCAACGCCUUCGACUUCUUCCUCCGCGGCCAGGAGAUCUUGUCGGGUGGUCAGCGUAUCAAUGACCCCGAGGAGCUCGAGGCUCGCAUCAUCCAGAAGGGUGUUGACCCCAAAAGCGCCGGAAUUAAGGACUACGUCGACGUGUUCAGACAGGCCGGUGUGCCUGCCCACGGUGGUGGUGGCAUCGGGCUUGACCGCGUGGUUGCGUGGUUCCUUAACCUGCCCAGUGUCCACCUUGCGGCGUACUACCCCAGGACGCCCAAGAGGUUGCUUCCUUAAGUGACUUCAUUGUCGGUGGGGAAAUUCGGAACAUGUGCGAUUUGUGUUGUGAAAGUCAUGAAGCGUGUUGGUUUUACUAGAUUUUUCACGACAUAGAGCUGAUGCCAAACAAACAAAAAGUUACUAUGAUUUUUUUGACGAUGAUACAUCUUGCGAGACUUGACGCACGGAUUAGGCUUGACGGACGACGCCUGUCAUCUGACCACGUUGAAGCCAGCUUGAAUUCUGCGUUUUUGGUGAGUCGCUCGGGUUAUUCGGCCAUGAAGACUACCUACUGUAAGGCCUUUGUUACGACUUGGGUAUUGCACCACGACAACGGAUGGCUGAGGUCUUUGGCAAGGGGAACGGACCUAAGCUGCACCGGCGACCGCAGCUUGUAGGUACCUGCAGCGCAUGGGCUUUGCAACUACAUAAAGCGAUGCCUCGCGCUGCAGUGGGUAGUGUCGUUAUAACUGAAAGAUGCACUUAGCUCCGUCAUUCCUCUUGAUUCGAAUUAGGCCGCCAAUCAGGGCAGCAUCUCCCUUGCCAUCAAAAAGUUACCUUGGUCUCAGCAACAGCGUCUGAUUUCAUUAGGGGGUCGGAGGCUCGGUUACGUGCUGUAAUGGCAGGAAGGUGUACAUAGUAGAUGGGCGUUGCACUACCUCAAGGUGAAGGUGAGCUAAAGCGUGCCAUGCGAAGCAGCCAUGGCAGCCACCCUGCAAAUGUUGCUUUGCCGACUUCUUGCUUGGACCCAGCCAAACUGCUACAUUGGGCUUGUGCAGCUGUCGCAUUGACCGCUGCUUUACUUGUACAUACAUAGGUAUGCAUCACAUCGUCAGCGGCAUUGCCAAAGAAUUUCCAAGGUUCCAUCUCGUC